AUGGCGGCCGAGGUAGACUGGUCUGAACUGCCAAAUGAUCUUCUAAAUCUAAUAUCGGAACGACUCGACAACGAAAUCGAUCUCAUUCACUUCCGAUCAAUUUGUUCCACAUGGCGCUCUUCUUCCACCCCACAUCACCAUAGCAACAUUUUACCCUUCAAAUUUCCACUCCUUAAAUAUGUUAAUUCCGACGACAAUCACUCUACUUCCUAUGAUUCCAUGAUCUUCCAUGACACCAACUUUCAAUUUUCUAAUAUUAUCAACAACACCAAAAUUCCAUUCCGUUACCUCACCAAACGCAGUAUCUUCCUCAUCAAGCCACAACAACAACAACAAGAUCAAACCCUAGUUCAUCGUCCUUGGUUGAUUAGAGUUACCAAAAAUUCAUCUGGAAAAAACAAACUAUAUGAAUCCUCACUCUUCCCAUUUCAAUGUCCUUCCCCUUAUCCUUUCGAGCUCGACUUGAACAAAUUAUUUGUCCGCCAUUUAGGAACUGAUUUCAUCCUUGACGAAAGCUUGCGCUAUGACUACGUGUACCCUAAAAAGGUCAUUGCUCUUACACUUACACCUCUCGUUCUCGCCAUCUUACUCGAUAACGGCCAUCUGGUAAGAUUGCACUGCAAGGAUGGGCGUUGGACAGAGAUCCCCGACAAGGAUAUGAGACAUUUACAGUUGGACAUGUCACAUGAGGUCUUUAGUGGAGAACGCUCAGGUUUCCUAAUAGAGAGUGAGGGUGAGCUGUUGCUAGUGGCCAUUAUUUACGAGUAUUUCGAGAAUUCUUUAUGGAUUCUUAUAUUGAGGCUUGAUGAGAAUAAGAAAAUGGUGCAAUUAACGAGUUUGGGGGAUAGGAUUUUGUUCGUGGGAAAUGGAUGUUCGUUUUCUGCCUCUACUUCGGAUUUGUCUGUUUCCAAAGGGAAUUGUGUCAUCUUUAUGGACAAUGUCUUCUUCAAGAAAAACAAGAUAUGUGGCAUGUGUGUUUUUGACUUGGAUCAAGGUCUGCUUUCUCUUUUGAGUGAAUAUCCAGAGUAUCACAACUUGUUCUGGCCACCUCCAAAGUGGAUUGUCAAAAGCUGCAUGCGGAAAACUGGAAAGAAGAACUGGUCUCAACUGCCUACCGAUAUUCUUAUUCUGAUAUCGGAACGAAUCGACAAUGAAAUCGAUCUCAUUCGCUUCCGAUCAAUUUGUUCCAAUUGGCGCUCUUCUUCAAUCCCAAUUCACCAUACCAACAUUUUACCCUUCAAAUUUCCAAUCCCUAAACUACCAUUCGCCAUUGAUUCCAUCAACAAAAACACUUCGUUCCGCUACCUCUCCAAACGCAGUAUCUUCCUCAUCAAACCACAACAACAAGAUCAAACCCUAAUUCGUCCUUGGUUGAUAAAGAUUACUCAAAACUCAUCUGGUAAAGCCAAAUUAUCACAAUCCUCACUCAUCUCAAUCCACAAAACUAACUCUCUUGCUUUUCAUUUUCCUUACAUGCUUGAUUUCAACAAACUCUCUGUUCUCAAUUUGGGAUGCGAGUUCAUAGUCGAAGAAGAUUCGCAAUAUCGCACUGAUUGUAUAUACCCUGAAAAGGUCAUUGUUGCUACUACUUUCCAUGGUAGUAAACCUCUCGUUCUCAGCAUGAUCAGAAGUUAUCAGUGUUUGAUACUUGUUCGUUGUAGCGACGGACAUUGUAGCGUGUUCCCGGAUGUGUCAACGUUCAUUGCAGACAUUUGCCUUUUCAAACAGAGGAUUUAUGCGGUCAAUAGAAUUGGUCGGACAGUUAUCGUUGGACUGGAGGAGGAGGAGGACGACUCGAGUGUUCAGUUAGUGGCUGAACCUUUGGUUGAUAGUGGGGACAUGAAAUACUUAGUGGAGAGUGAGGGUAAGUUGUUGUUGGUGGAUAUUGAUCAUGAUAAUUUAAGGAUUGAUGUGUUUAUGCUUGAUGAUAAAGGGAGGAAGUGGGUGAAGUUGAAGAAUUUAAGGGAUAGGGUUUUGUUCUUGGGAGAUGGAUGUUCAUUUUCUGCUUCUGCUUCGGAUUUGUGUGUUCCCAAAGGGAAUUGUGUGAUCUUUAUGAAUAAUAUUUUUUUCUUUUCUUAUAUGAAAAUGGAGUAUGGAAUGAGUAUUUUUCACUUGGAUCAAGGACAUCGUCAGCUUUCCCCUUUGUAUCGUCAUCCCGAAUAUUUCAAAUUGUUCUGGCCACCACCGGAGUGGAUUGUCAAAAGCUGCAUUCCUAGUUGAGUAUGUUAUCUUGCACCGAAAGGUUUCUAAUGUGAUUGUGAUAUUACAUUAUUGUGGUUAGAUUUUGUUGUUAGAUUGUAUAGUCUUUUUGACUUGUAUUAUAGAAAUAAAAUAAAUUGAAAUAUUAAAUGAAUAUAUGCAUAACAUCACCAUGGUAAGUUAGUAUUAUUAUGAAGUUUCUUAACUAGAUUUAAUUUAACAAUGUUGAUGCUUGUUUAU